AUGGUAGAUGUUCUUAUGGGUUACAAUGGGACCAUUUUUGCAUACGGACAAACUUCUAGUGGAAAAACACACACAAUGGAGGGCGUCCUUGGAGACCUCAGCAUGCAAGGCAUCAUCCCCCGAAUUGUCAAUGACAUCUUCAAUCACAUAUACUCCAUGGAAGAGCAUUUGGAAUUCCACAUCAAGGUUUCAUACUUUGAGAUCUACAUG